UCGUUCACUUUUGCUGUUCGUUUGAUUGAACUUCAAUAAGAUACGGCAAAAUGUAUUUUGCGCCGGAAGUGCGUUAUCUAAACAUUUUUAACCAAUAGUAAUGAAUUGCUGCUACUACACACUGCGUAUGAAAUGGCACCUUAAAUGUAUUGCCAAAGUUUCAUAAUUUUUUGAAUUUCCUAGUAGGAGACUUUCCUUGUCAGUUUAGGUUAGCCUGACCUGACAUUGACAUAUGUCACGUAUUGUCAUUACCCGACGUACAAUAUCCACAUCUUAUUGGCAUCAUGAGGAACGUCGGAAAAAUAUUUUGCCUCUUCUAUGUAUUUGUUACAUAAGAUUUAGAUUAGUGAAUCUAGCUCGGAAUUAGAUAAAUAUUCUAAAAUAAGAUGAAUACUGCAAAAGACGAGGAUGAUUUUUGGAAUAGCAGCGAGAAGCGGUCGUUCUGUUUCGACAGCGAGGUGGAUCAAUUGAAGAGCGACACGGAGAAAUUGUGGACCGGCAUUUUCAAUACAUCAAACUUUGAAAGUAGCCUUCAAUCUACCAAUGAUCUUCAAACUACAAAACCUCUGCUUUCAAUUAUAUCUGAAAGGAUACUUUUACGCAAUGCAGAUAACAAGUUGGAGGAAGAUCAGAAAACAGAAAAUAAACAUCUAACUGUUGCUCAGCCAGAUAUUACCUUGAGACAAAUAUUGCUCGGUCAACCAUAUUCGUUAGAACAAUACAAGUCUCUUGCUAGCAAAACUGCUCUGUUAGACGCUGCUAUCUCAAAUGGAGAUGGAAAUGCUAUUUUGAUAAUAAUUUUAUUUCUUACAAAGACUUUAAAACGGUCAUUAGUACAAAGACUACUAGUGGAGAGACCAGAUGCAGUAAAUGUGUAUAUAUAUUAUCUUUUUAUAAGGCUGCAAACAAAUGAAAUAACUGAUAUUUUAACAAUGCUGGGUCAUUCCUCAACUGCUGCUAUGAAGAAUCUACAUAUUAUUAUAAAAAACACAAAAGAUCCAAAUAGGCUACUGCAAAAACUUCACAAUUGUCACAAGGCACUUUUUACCAUGUUAUCUGAUUGCAAAGAAACUGCAUUUCUGGAUUCUUAUAUUAAAUUGCUGGAAUGGCAAAUGGCAAUCAAACACAAAAAAAAUGAUGAGGAACUUCCAUUGAAUUCUUCUAUUCUCGAAUCUCUGCGUUAUGCAUGCAAAUACCAUUGCAAUACGCCGAAUGAUUUUGUCACGUUAUCACCUACAACACUCUCUCGAGACCAUGACAUUUCUCCUAGACUAUAUCAGAAAGUUGUUUUACAAGUUAAAGCUGCUUGUGGUGGAUGGGAUGAUAUCGAUCGUUUACUCUUAACAAAAGGAAUACUUGGUAAUACGAAAUUACAAACGCAUUUAUAUGUAGAAGAUAUUUUAAAAGUAUUGUACAAAUAUAACGCAUCACAUGCCGUUCUCGAAAAAUAUCUAAAAUUCAUCGACAAUCUAGAGAAGCGAUUGGAAUUGGCAAAAAAACUAUCUUGCCAUGCAAUAGUAAUUGAUGUACGUAAACAUUUUUCUAACAAUGAAAGAUUAUGGAUAAGAUUAAUAAUAUAAAAAA